AUGGGCGCUCUUCUCUCGUUGCCGCUUCUCGCGGUACCGAGUGCGACAACGGUCCUCUCGUUUGCUGCCAGCUGCUGCGGUGCGGCGACGUGUUCGAUGGUGUGCAGCGCCUGCGGGAAAUGCGGCAACAGCGUGGCCACGCGCAUCGGCUAUGCGCUCAUCCUCCUCAUCAACUCGAUCCUGGCGUGGAUCAUGGAGACGCCGUGGGCCGUCAAGAAGCUGGAACACCUGAUGCUCGACUACGUCAAGAUCAACUGCCCGACGGGCCAGUGCUACGGCUGGCUGGCGGUGCACCGCAUCAACUUUGCGCUCGGCCUGUUCCACCUCAUCUUUGCGGGCCUCCUGAUUGGCGUGUCCUCGUCGAAGCAGCCGCGGGCGGCGCUGCAGAACGGCUACUGGGGCCCCAAGAUCAUUGCGUGGCUGGCGUUUAUCGUGCUGUCGUUUUUGAUUCCCGACGAGUUCUACCUGUUCUGGGGCAACUACGUGUCGCUCGCGGGCGCGAUGCUCUUUUUGAUUCUCGGCCUGAUUCUUCUCGUGGACAUGGCGCAUUCGUGGGCCGAGUACUGCCUGGAGCAAAUUGAAAACACCGAGUCGCGUGUCUGGCGCGCCGUGCUGGUCGGCUCGACGCUCGGCAUGUACCUCGGCUCGAUUGCCAUGACGGUCCUGCAAUACGUCUUCUUCGGGCGCGGCGGCUGCUCCAUGAACCAGGCGGCCAUCACAAUCAACCUCAUUCUGCUGCUGGUCGUGUCGGCCGUGUCUGUGCACCCCACCGUGCAGGAGUACAACCCCAAGGCGGGCCUGGCGCAGGCGGCCAUGGUGGCGGUCUACUGCACGUACCUGACCAUGUCGGCCGUCUCGAUGAAGCCCGACGCGACCGAGGACAAGCACUGCAACCCGCUGCUGCUGGCGCAGGGCACGCGCACGACGUCCGUGGUCAUUGGCGCCAUUGUGACGAUGCUGACGGUGGCGUGGACGACGACGCGCGCGGCGACGCAGACGCUCGGCCUGGGCGGCAGCCGCACGGGCGGCAUCCGCCUGCCCGACGACGACGACGAGGACGCCGCGCACGACGGCAGCAGCAGCUACAGCACCCACGGGCUGGUGACGACGCAGCCGUCGCGCCGCGAGAUGCGCGCCGAGGCGCUGCGCCGGGCAGUGGCCGAGGGCAGUCUGCCGGCGGACGCGAUGCUGUCGGACGACGACGACGACUCGGACGACGAGGACAGCGGCCGCGGCGGCCGCGGCAAGUCGGGCGACGACGAGCGCGGCAGCACGCAGUACAAUUACACGAUGUUCCACAUCAUCUUCUUCCUGGCGACGGCGUGGGUGGCGACGCUGCUGACGAUGAACUACGAGGACUCGACGCGGGACGGCGACUUUGCGACGGUGGGCCGCACGUACUGGGCGACGUGGGUCAAGAUUGUCAGCUCGUGGGGGUGCUACGCGCUGUACAUCUGGACGCUGGUGGCACCGGUUGUGCUGCCUGAUCGGUUCGAAUAG